AUGCUCGACGGGGCCAGCCCCGUCCCACCGCCCCAUUUUGCCUUGCCUACGCUGCAGAAACUAACCAUUCGUACAUUCAAAGGUUCAAGUUUUCGAAACUGGGUUGGAGAUUCUUUAUUUUUAAGCAUAGUAUCUGUUCAUCUUAACUACAAUGUGCAUUGUCCUUCCCUGCCACCAUUGGGACAAUUACCUUCUCUUCGCGAGCUUGAGAUUAUAAGUUUUCAUGUUGUAGAGACAAUAGGUUUAGAGUUUUAUGGUGAAGAUUAUCUGCAUAGUACCUCGUUUCCAUCAUUAGAAAUUUUAAAGUUUUAUGAAAUUCCAAGAUGGAACAAGUUUUAUGAAUUUCCCCACAGAGCAUGUAUGCAAGGAUUUCCUUGUCUCAAGGAGCUUCACUCAAGUGCUUGUCCAAAUCUGACUGAGUUCUUACCUGAUAGCAGAACAUUAGAAUUAAUCACAAUUUCAGGGUGCAGAAAUUUGAACUUUCCAGAGAACAAGUUAUACACCUCUCUCAGAAACUUGGACAUUUAUGGUGCGGUUAGUGAUUCUAUGGAGUCUCUUUCUUUGGAUCACUUUCCAAACCUUAAUAAGCUUCGAUUACCAGGUUGUGGAAAUAUCAGGCAACUAACAAGAGGCUCAAGUACAGAAAUGAUGCUAGAAACUCUCGAAAUCAAGGGAUGCAAAAAGCUGGAAUUCAUUGAGAGCUUGCAGUGCUCAUCUGCUAGAAAGCUGACAAUAGUGAAGAGCUGUGAUUCUCUGAAGUUCUUUCCAUUAGACUACUUCCCCAAGCUUAAAUCUCUUGAUGUAAGGCACUGUCAAAAUUUGGAAUCCUUUACCAUUACUUCAGAUGAGCUUGUUGAAAAUUCUAGCACUGUUCUCCACUCUCUCAGCUCCAUCAAAGUUAUUCAAUGCAACAAAUUGAGGUCACUACCUGCACAAAUGGGCACUAUGCUUCCAUCUCUUGGCUUGUUUCUCAUUGAGGAGUGCCCUGAAGUUGAGAUAUUUCCUCAAGGAUCAGGAUUCCCCUCAAGUUUGAUUCACCUCUUGAUUUCAAAAUGCAGCAGACUUGUGGCGCAACAAGCGAGUUGGGAUCUUCAAAGACUUGCUUUUCUUUCAUCAUUGACCAUUGAAGAUUGUGAUGACAUAGUGUUGGAAUCCUUCCCCUGGGGACUGCUUCCAACUUCUUUGACUUCUCUGUCACUUCAGAAUCUCCCCCACCUCAAAUCACUGAAUGGCGACGCCUUUCGAUGUGUGGCAUCACCGGAAGAGUUGUGGACUGCUGACUGCUAUGAAAUCCAAUGCUUGCCUGAAGAAGUGCUACAUUUUGCUUCUCUUGUUGAUUUGAGCAUCUUAUACUGCCCAUUAUUAGAACAACGGUACCAUAGAGAUAAAGGAGUGGACUGGCUCAAGGUUUCUCGCAUCCCUCGCCUUAAAAUCCAAGGCAAUACAACAUGGUGA